AUAAAUAUAAUUCUAGCCCAUAUAUAUGAGUGAAUCAUCUCUCUCUUUAUGAUUGCAUACAGCCAUACACGUCUUUAUCACCUUCUAAAAAUGUUGUCUCCUUCUCAAUAUCAUCUUCAUCACUCUCACCAUUACCUAACAUAUUAUCUUAUUUCUCUUUCUUGAAUUUCUAUUUCUCAUUUUUACUUCAAUGUAUUCCUCCGAAGCUUCAUCGUCCUCGUCCUCAUCCUCGUCUCCUCGUAAAAUUCAACUCGUUUCUAAGUCAGUAUCGGACCGACUCCUCAAUAAAUUCUUUGAUGUUAGUGAGUUCGGUUUUGAUUAUGAACAAAGUGGAUUAUGGUCUCCUCCGGUUAAAAGAAGCGCGUUCUUGAGCUCGCCUGGUCGGAUUUUCACCGAAGAAGAAAUGCUUAAGAAACUUCGAAAUAUUUUCCAACAACAGCGCCGCGGUAGAAUACAUAAGGCUUUCUACAAUGUAUGGCAGUGUGUUGCUUUUGAAGUGAAAUAGGAAAUUGCUUGAAUCUCCAUCUAUAACUUUCGAGUUCUGCUAUAUAAAUACCAAGGAAGAAGAAGAUGAAGAAGAACUUGUAAUUUUUCAUUUUCUCUUAAUUUGCUAAUUAUUUAAAAGAUGUAAAUGUGUUGAUUAAUUUAAAUAUUAACAUAUAUAUAAAAAAAACAUAUAUAUAAACAUUAAUUAUGAUA